AUCCCUUCUUGUCCUGCUUAACCCUUCCAAGCGUACAUGAGGUAUGCAGACCUCACAACCAAACCAACCCGUGCUUCUAGAAUACAUCCAAAGAGGGGACAAGAUUUCUUGCAAUGAGCAGCAAUACAAAGCAGCGAUUGCAACCAGAGAAUUCCUUCUAGGCCCUUCAGAUCCUGCUACUGCAAAGUGCUACAAUGGCCUCGGAGACCUAUACAUCAAGCUGGGUCGUCUGGAGGAGGCAGAAGAAUAUCUCUCUCGAGCUCUUCAAGUUCGUAGUUCGGGGCCACUUUUCGACGCUGCCGUGACCCGCGAUAAUCUUGGUUGUAUAUAUGAGAUGAAGGGAGACAUACAGAAGGCUCGGGAAAUGCGGAUCACAGAUGAGCAUGUCAUUUGCGGUCUCUAUGAGUGCGCUUCUCAGAGGCUUUAUCGUCUGAAUGAAAUUUCCCGCUGCUCGAAAUGCAAGUGUAUCUUCUACUGUUCAGCGCAGUGCCAGCGAAACGAUUGGCCAAGACAUAAGGCGUACUGCAAGAGCACCGGAGUGAUCUGAGCAUACUGCAUACUUCUGAACCGGAGUUGGUGCCCAAGUACCUACAAUGGACUGCAUUGUGUUUGUCAUUUUCCCCUUAGAAACAUCUAAUGUUACAACGACAAUGAUCUUUAACCACU